ACAAAGCAACUUUUCUUUCCACCCGCCAACAGCGGCGCCGUCACUACCACCACGUCCCCACCAUGCCACAACCUCAUUUCCUCCUAAUAACCUACCCUGCUCAAGGCCACAUAAACCCUACCCUCCAGUUCGCCAAGCGUCUUAUACGAAUUGGUGCAUGUGUCACCUUCAUCACCACACUCUCCGCCCGUCGCCGCAUGAACAAAGUCCCCACCGCUCAAGGCCUAUCAUUCUUAACCUAUUCGGAUGGCUAUGACGAUGGGUUAAGGUCCGGAGAUGACAAAGACCAUUACAUGUCAGAAUUAAAGCGUCGAGGCAAAGAAACCCUCGCUGAACUUAUAGAAAGCAGUGACAAUGAAGGCAAACCAAUCACCUUCGUCGUUUGUUCUUUACUCCUUCCCUGGGCUAUGGAGGUGGCGCGUGAACAUCACAUCCCAUCAGCUGUACUGUGGAUUCAAGCUGCCACAGCUCUUGACAUCUACUAUUUUUACUUUAAUGGAUAUGGGGAGACUAUUAAGGACCAAGAUGGUGAAUCCAAGUCAUGCCUAAUACGGUUACCAGGGCUGCCACCACUUGCCAGCCGAGACCUUCCCUCAUUUUUUGCCCCUUCAAAUGCUUACCCUUUGGCGUUGUCAUUGUUUCAAGAACAAAUCGAAGUUCUUGCUGAAGAAACGAAUGCUAAAAUCCUUGUUAAUACCUUUGAUGCUUUGGAACCCGAGGCAUUAAAAGCUAUUGAAAAGUUUAAGGUGAUUGGGGUCGGACCCUUGAUCCCAUCUUCUUUUCUAGAUCGAAAAGAUCCACCGGAUGGUUCUUUCAAAGGUGAUCUUUUUCAAUGUUCAAAAGAUUAUGUCCAAUGGCUAGACUCGAAACCAAAAUCGACAGUUAUUUAUGUGUCAUUUGGAAGUAUUGCUGUGUUAGCAAAGCAACAAGUAGAGGAAAUAGCUCGAGCUUUAUUAGCCAGUAGGCGACCCUUUUUGUGGGUGCUUAGAAAUCAGAAACAAAAUGGAGAGGAAGAGAAAGAGGAAGAUAAAUUGAAUUGUAGAGAAGAAUUAGAACAGUUUGGGAUGAUAGUUCCAUGGUGUUCACAAGUUGAAGUUUUGUGUCAUCCAUCGUUAGGGUGCUUCGUGACGCAUUGUGGUUGGAACUCAACGUUGGAGAGCUUGGCUGCAGGCGUGCCGGUUGUGGCUUUCCCUCAAUGGACAGAUCAAGGGACGAAUGCCAAGCUCAUUGAAGAUGUUUGGAAGACAGGGGUGAGAGUGACCGCAAACGAGGACGGAAUAGUGGAACGUGAUGAGAUUAAUAGAUGCUUGGAUUUGGUGAUGGGAGAUGGAGAAAAAGCGAAUGAAGUAAGAAGCAAUGUUGAAAAAUGGAAAGAUUUGGCAAGGGAGGCCACCAUGGAAGGUGGAUCCUUGGACAACAACCUUAAGGCUUUCGUAGAUGAUGUUGCUCUAGGUUGCUACUAAAGUAGAACUUGUGUUAAUUUGUCGUAAAAAAGCUAAUACAGUGCCUAAUAAAUUUGUGUUUAAUUUUGGUCCAUAAUAAUUGAGGAAGCCAAGGAGGGAAAGAAAAGUCAUUAAUUUUAAGUAAACGGUGAGCACCGCAGACAAGUCACUCGUGAAAGUUUCAAUGAUGCCAAAAAUAAACUCCACUUUAUUCCACGAACUAAU